AUGGAUUCAACUAAGGCAUUGGCAGAUUUUGACUCAUUUCUUAAUCGUACUUGUUAUGAAUAUGUUCAACGUCAUGUUAAAAAAUCAAUCAUACCUGGUUUACGAUAUAAUCAUGAUUUAAAAGAUAUUGAUCAUUCUGAUAUUAAAGUAACCGUAUCAUCAAUUAAAAUACAACGUAUAUUUGUUGAUACUGAUUCAAAUUAUAAUAAUGAUGAAGAAUUAUUACGAGUACAAGUGAAAAAUGAUACAGAUAAAGAUCUUAUUAAAUCUAUUGAUGAUAAUGAAAAACGAACAAAAGUUCAAUGUAGAUUAUAUUGGACUAGUGGUUUUAGUUCAAAAUCAUUAUUUUCAUCUGAAAAGAAAUUUUAUUUAAAUGAACUUAUUCCAUUACCAGAUAUUUUUAAUGUACAAUGUGGUAUUGAUCAACUUUUUAUAUGUGAUCAAUUGUGGAGUGUUGGCUCUCGAAUAACUGUACCACCACGAAAAACAACAGAAUUAAUUGCAAAAGUUAAUUAUCAAGCAUUAGAAGCAAAUUUUACACAACAAAUUUUAUUAUCUGGAUCAGUGCGUAUACAGAUAAAAAAUUGGCUUAAUCAUUCCGAAACUUUAAAUGUACCAUUACAUUUACUUUUUUCAAAUACACUCUUACAUCAAUCACUAACUCUAACUGAAACAAAUAUUAUACUAACCUUAGAAGGAACAUUAAGAUUACGUUAUGGAAAAGAACUAAUCGGUUAUUUUAAUGAUAUUGAAACAUAA